AUAAUGGAACAAUGAAAACGCUGAUUGUGUUGAUUUUAACUUUUCGUUAUUGUUUAGAUGCCGCGAAUUCGCGAUAAUAAUGCGUCUAGUUAAAGUGAAGUUGCACAUUAAAAGAAUGGCUUCUCUUGAAAAAUACAUUCGCAAAAAGCUUCGUUCUUCUGAAUUCAAAGUGUGGAGAAGUAUGAAGACAUGUGUCCAGUUUUUCAGCUGGGCCUUUCAGAUUGUUGCGUUUUGCCAAAUUCUGACAAUUCUGCCAUGCCUGGUAAACAUUAUAGGAACUGAUUUGCUACUGAUUGCAUUAUGCACCGAGUUGAUGAUUCAGCUAAGAAUUCUUUCGAGUGAAAUGGGAAAUCUGAAGUUUGACCAAGUAAAGUCAAAAGAAGAUAAAUUAGAAUGUAACAGACGAUUAAAGAAAUGCGUCAAGUAUCACAUUUUCUUACUCAGGGUAUUAAGAAGGGUACAGAAGGUAUUCUCUCCAAUACUGCUUUACCACCCCGUCCUGUUAUGCCUUACGAUGUGCUUUGAGACUUACAUAAUAACAGAAUGUCUUCGGGACAUGAGACUGAUGCAUUUACUUAUAAAGAGCGUCUUGUAUGUCAUGAGUGAACUACUCGAAUUUGCCAUAUACUGUAUUUCAGCCGAAUUUGUUGCUUUUGAGGCUAUCAACAUUGGCCAAGCCCUCUACGAUUCCAGUUGGCACAAACAAUACCUAAAGGCGAUCACUCAAAGUAUACCAUUCAUUCUGAUGAGGUCAAACAAGGAAAUUAAGUUCACUGCCAGUGGCUUAUUUAAGGUUAAAAUCAGAACUAUCCUGCAGCUAUUGAAAUUAACAUAUUCAAUAUUCGCAUUAUUGAGGACCUUUAGAUAUCACAGUGGGGAUAUUUAAUAAAAUAUCAUAUUUACUUUACCACUAAUAUUUAAUCACUCAGUAUAUGUUAGCUUACAAAGAGUACCAAAUAGUAUUAAAGUUGAUAUUUAUUUAUUACUACAAACAACGUAGUGAACGCCAUCUACAGAUUAUUACUACUUUUGUGAGAUUCGAAAAUGUUCGACAAGAUCCAUGCCCGUAAGGAUAUGGUCUUGUCGAACUGAGUCUAGGGCGUAUACCGUCACUAACUAAAACUGAAUUGUUGCAUUCAGUGGCGUCUUUUGUAUGGUUUGAUAAAAACUCAAUAAAUGAACCAAAAAAAGUC